AUUGAAAGAGUUUGAGAAAAAUGGAGUGUGGGGAAACAGCGAGUAGGCGGAACCGCCCAAACUAAACGCCUUUAAAACGCAUUUGUCUCCUAGUAUGGACCUUUAACACAUGGAAUAGAGAUAUGGUUGAAGUGAUUGAGGAGUAAAAACAAGGAAGAAGAAGGAAAUGGAGCAGCAACUAACAAAAGCAUUAGUGAAUAACAGUAGUAACCCGAAGCGGGCAUGGCAACUCUUCAGCCGCGCUCUCUCAACUCCAAAUCCUCCAUUCCAUUCAGUCCCUCUCCUUACCGGCAUCCUUCUUCGUCACCAAAUGCUUCCUCAAAUACACACACUUCACUCUUUCCUCCUUUCUCUAUCCCCUCCUCAUAUAUCUAUUCCUUGUCAAUACACCAUCGUCAAGCUCCUAGCUACCCACGAACACAUUCAAGACGCCGUUUCUCUCUUCCGAUCUACUCGAUCUCACUUCCCUCAUCAUCCACCACCCAAUGUCUCACUCUACAAUUUGCUUAUAAACAAGUCUUUCCAAUUUGAUUUUCCCAAUUUCAUGUCCUGGUUAUAUAAAGAUAUGAUUUCCGCUUCCGUUUCCCCUGAUACUUAUACCUUCAAUCUCCUCAUUGACGGGCUCUGCCGUUCCGAUCGUUUGGGAGAUGCCCGCCACCUGUUUGAUGUUAUGCGUGACAAAGGGUGUCAUCCCAAUGAGUUCACUUUCGGGAUUUUGAUUCGCGGGUACUGCAAAAUUGGACUUCCUUUAGAAGGUUUGAUGCUCCUCGAUAGGAUGAAGAUGAUGGAUGUUUAUCCUAAUGUGAUAAUAUACAAUACGCUCGUUGGCAGUUUCUGUAAGAAAGGGGACGAUGAUGAGGCUGAGAGGUUGGUUGAGCGGAUGAGGGAGGACGGGCUUGUUCCUAAUGUAGUUACCUUCAAUUCUAGGAUCUCAGCUCUUUGCAAAUCGGGAAAGAUUCUUGAAGCUUCCAGAAUUUUCAGAGAUAUGCAAAUAGGCGAGGUUUUUGGCUUGCCAAGGCCUAAUGUUGUAACUUUUAAUUUGAUGUUGCGGGGAUUUUGUGAGAAAGGGAUGCUGGAAGAAGCAAGGAAACUGAUAGAAUCUAUGAAGAAAGAUGAUAUUUUCUUCAAUGCGCAGAGCUACAAUAUCUGGUUAUGUGGGCUGGUUAGGAAUGGAGAGCUGUUGGAGGCUCAAACAGUUCUGAAAGAAAUGUCAGAAAAUGGUGUAGAUCCCACUAUUUAUUCAUAUAACAUCGUGAUUGAUGGGCUUUGCAAGAAUGGGAUGCUUGGUGAAGCAAAAAUGUUGAUGAGCUUAAUGAUAAAUGAUGGUAUAUCUCCAGAUACAGUUACCUAUAGCACUCUACUCCAUGGCUACUGCACAAAAAGUAAAGUGACCGAGGCAAAAAAUAUUCUGCAUGAGAUGAUUAAGAGAGGCUGCAUUCCGAAUAAAUACACUUUUAAUACUCUACUUCAUAGCAUGUGGAAAGAAGGUAAAGUAUCAGAGGCACAACAGCUACUGCAGAAGAUGAUUGAGAGAGGUUAUGACCUGGAUACUGUGAGCUGCAACAUUGUGAUUCGUGGUCUUUGCCAAACUGGAGAGGUGGACAAAGCUGUUGAAAUUGUGAGUGAAAUGUGGAGUCAUGGAAGUGCUGCCCUUGGUGAUCUUGGAAGUUCAUUUAUGAGUUUGGUUAACGAAGAUGAUCAUGGGAGAAAAUGCCUGCCUGACUUGAUAACCUAUUCAACCAUUAUUAACAGUUUAUUCAGAGAAGGGAAGCUUGAUGAAGCUAAGAAGAAGUUUGUUGAAAUGACUGGAAAGAAUUUGUACCCUGAUUCAGUUAUUUACAAUACUAUUUUGCAUCAUUUAUGUAAAAGAGGAAAGGUAUCAUCUGCAUUUCAAGUUCUAAAGGACAUGGAAAAAAAAGGUUGUAAAAAGAGCUUACAGACUUAUAAUUCUUUGAUACUUGGAUUGAGGAAUAAAAAUCAAAUAUUCGAAAUGCGUGGCCUGAUGGAUGAAAUGAGAGAAGAAGGAAUCUCUCCAAAUGUUUACACGUACAAUAUCAUGAUUAGCUUUUUAUGCCAAGCCGGGAGAACUGAAGAAGCAAUUUCUCUUUUGAAUGAAAUGCUACCGAAAGGAAUAAUUCCAAACAUGCACACCUUUGAGUUGCUUAUUAAAUCAUAUUGCAGGAUUGGUGAGUUCAGACCAGCUCAAGAGGUAUUUGAUAUAGCCUCAAGUAUAUGUGGUCACAACGAAGCGCUCUACUCUCUAAUGUUCAAUGAAUUUCUUGCUGGAGGUGAAAUUUUGGAAGCUAAGCAAUUCCUGGAAUCUGCAAUAGAUAAAUGCUUUGAUCUAGGAAGCUUCCUAUACAAAGAUCUUAUAGACAAGCUAUGUAAGGUGGAGAAUUUAGAAGGUGCUCAUGAUAUUCUCAAGAAGCUGAUUCACAUAGGAUUUGGGUUUGAUCCUGCAUCCUUCAUGCCUGUUAUUGAUGGGUUACAUAAACUGGGACAUAAGCAUGAGGCAGAUGAACUAGCGGAAAGGAUGCUAGAGAUGGUUUCAGAAGGUAAAGUGGGUAACAAAGCAUACCAAAACUAUAGAGAGUUGAAUCAUAUGAAGCGAAGUAAAUAUAACGUAGAUGGUUGGCAGGCAAUUGUUCACAGAGAUGAUGGAAGUGCAGCAGCCUUGAAAAAUUUGAAGCGGGUGCAGAAAGGGUGGGGUCAAGGAAGUAUAUCAAUUCUUCAAACUCCUAAAAAUGAUAUUCUGGAUGACUAAGAACCUAGUAACUGAAUGUUCCUUUCUUCAUGAUCAUGGACUGUGAGAGUUCAGGGAAUUGGUAGCGAAACACGGUCCCCUGGAAAAUUUAAACAAUGAGUCCAGCUGAAAGAAGCAUUUCUAAUUUCUAGGUCAUAAAUGAUUAUUGGCUGACAUGGAUGCCUGCAAAUGGAGCUCUGUGCCAAUACAGGAUAAUGAAUCAUUUUUUGCAGUUUAUAAAGCUGAAGGAACUGCAGUAGCUGAAACCCCCAAAUCGGGUCUAUAAGGCUGAUCCCACAUUUAUUGUGGAACAUUAAUCUCUUGAUGACUGGGUCAUCGUGCUUGUGCUAAUCCAUUAGCAUCAACAAUCUUGUAGAGAAUCAGAGAGCUUCUGCUACCGGCGGGCGGCUAUGACCCAUAUAUUACCGCCCCUCUGGCCAAUGAUUGUGUUAGCAAAACUUGGGCCACCAUGCUUCUUUCCAGUGGCUUCUUAUAUCUAAUUUGUGUAGCACUAUGCAUCUUUCUGGGAACCAGCUGCAAUGAUGACUAUGGGAACUUCUCAACGUCUACCAUUGGAGAACCUAUGGAAGAAGCAGGGAACCUGGACAUGGGUGUACUCUUUGGGAGGAAUAAUCGGCAGUGUUGGAGAUAGCUAAUUUAACAUCGUGUUUUUGGGUGCACUUGACAUUUUGUGUACCGUUAUGAACUAUCAUAUUGUGGUGCACUUUUGUGCUGCGACGAGAGGCAAGAUCUCUACGUUGUAUAUCCUGCCCUAGUAUUGUGUCCAGUCAAUACUUCCUCUUUGAGUUUCAUUGCAGUGAUGAGUUUGAGAAUAUUGACCAACUUGUUCAUUAACUGAAGAUAUUAGCAAAACUAAUUGUUUGCAUCCACUUGCUUUUCAAGCAUCACAAUGAACUCCAAUCUUCCUACU